AUGGAAGACCCAACUAAAGGCUCAUCUUAUUCUACCUCCCACCACUCUGACCCUACCGCAGUCCACACAAACCUAAAUACAAACACCUUUCGUGCCACACCCACGACUCGUUUCUUGAACCUGAGUGACCCUAGCAAUCCCUUCCACCUAGACAAUGGCAAUAACCCAGCCAUGCUUCUCGUCACUGACCCACUCAACCCCAAUAACUACCCCACCUGGUCACGUGCCAUGCGCCACGCUCUACGGUCCAAAAACAAAGUGGGCUUUGUCACGGGUGAUAUCCCACGCCCAUCUGGCCCAGAUGACCCCUUGCUUGAACCUUGGGAGUGCUACAACGAUAUGAUGGCUUCUUGGCUUCAAAACUCCAUCAGUGCCUCUAUCAUAUCCAGCGUGGUCUUCGUUGAUGAUGCACAAGACAUAUGGCUCAACCUCCAGGAUCGUUUCUCCGACCAGAAUGGACCACGUAUCUUUCAACUCAAGAACUGGCAAUAA